CUUAGAAUAACUACUUAUGAUUUAGUUGAUUUGCUGCUGUACCCGUUUGGCUGUUUUUAUCUAAUGACUGAUUUUUCUGAUGAAAUUGGGUUUUCCUUAUUGAUGAGGAGACAAGAUAUAAGAGAUGAAUUUGACUGAUAAGCAAUUGAAGCCUUGCAAAUGUGGUUACGAGAUAUGCGUUUGGUGUUGGCAUAAUGUCAUGGACAUGGCUGAGAAGGAUGAUAUGGAGGGAAGAUGUCCUGCAUGUCGCACUCCCUAUGACAAGGAAAAAAUUGUAGAGAAGACAGUGGGAUAUGAAAGGUGAUUGUUUUAUAGCAUUAGCACACACUGCUAUACAUACUUUUAGCAAGCAAUAUUUGGUUAAGUUGGGAAUGCUCAUGAUGUGCUUACUUGCAAACGGGUCUAUGGCUGAGAACAAUUCAGACAGAAGAUUAAAGUCACAGAAGGGGAAGCCUAAGUCAUCUGAUGGAAGGAAGAAUCUUAGCAGCGUCCGAGUUAUUCAGAGGAAGAACCUGGUGUACAUAAUCGGGAUACCUUCUAGUUUAGCUGAUGAGGAUCUUCUCCAGCACAAGGAGUAUUUUGGUCAGUAUGGAAAGGUUAUGAAGGUUUCUAUGCCCCGAAAUGCUGGAGGGUCCAUACAAUAUUCUGCUACCAACACUUGUAGUGUAUAUAUUACUUACUCAAAAGAAGAAGAGGCGGUCCGAUGCAUACAAUCAGUGCAUGGCUAUGUCCUAGAAGAUAAACCCUUAAAAGCGUGCUUUGGAACCACAAAAUAUUGUCAUGCAUGGUUAAGAAAUACGAGUUCUUCAAGUCUUGGUAAAUCUUCGCCCCCCAGUGUGCCAAUUGUGUCCCCUGGAAGAUCUGUCUCUCUUCCAGCAGCAGUUUCAUGGGGAUUGCGUGCUUCAAAUGGACGUCCACCUAACAUAUCGUCAGAUGGUUCAACUGGGUUUACCAAACAAAACUCUGAUGGGCGUGCAGGAGAAGAUUUUUUUUCAAACAAUCAAAGAAGGAUAAGUAGGCAUGACCGAUUCAACACCAACAGAAGAGAACAAACAAGGUGAGAUUAGCAGCAGCAUCAGUGAUUGUCUGUCUUUUGACAAAUGGCUACAUUGGGUAAGGAGUGAUAAUGAAUGGGUUGGUGAAGUGUUAGAGCAGCGACGACAAUGGACUUAUUUAUAUUGAUGUGUAUGCUUAUUUUGAAAAGGGAGAAGGCUAUGGAGGAUAUGGACGCAAUGCGCUUGCAAAGCCAUUAGUUGCUUCAGUUCUCAGAAAAUGGAAAAACAUUUUUUCAUGCAUUCUUGGGGAUAAAGGCUGGUGUCAAACUUGCUAAGAGACAUAAACUAUCUGAUUUCUUCUAUGUCCAGUGUAAUUGGGCUACGGUUCUCUCUUUUACGAUACAUGUCACUGGGCUAAUAAUAAUCAAGGCAGAGAGAUGCGUUCCUAGUAGGAUUUUAUGGUUCAUGUGGUUCGAAUGCAGCUGCGCGUUUUCUGGCGGAAAGUGAAAUGAAUAAAAGACGUGAAGUUGAGAAAAAGGGAGAAAAGAACAAGAGACAUGAAGUUCCGAACAAGAAGGAAGAAAGGAUUGCCCCUGAUUAUGUUAAGGGGAUGAAACCAGUUGAUUUUCAAGAGGAGCUAAGAAAUAUUAUUUGGGAAGAUGCUUCUGCUAUUCCACACUUCAAGUAUGCUCGACCACCAUCGGUUCUUGACAUGAGGAAAUGAACUGACGAUGAUUUACUAUCGAAGAUGUUUGGUUUUUGUUGCUGGUGAGAUAAAAGAGGAUUUGGGGAUUUGGGGAAAACCAGCAGAUACAGAAGAAAGAAAAAAAGUAAAAGAAGGACAAAGACUAAUGGUUGAAGUGGUUUUAGAUGUAUGUACACGUCCUCGGGAGGAGAUGGGGGAGCGGAAUAGCAUUUCCGUUCUCUUAUGUUAUAAUAUUGUUUGAAUAUCAAUUGAUGUAUGUAAUUUUAUCGUACAGUGGAGGAGAUCGGGUGAGUUCUCCAAGUAUUGCAUCAGGAGAUCCAAGUGUUGGAUGGGUGGGACCACCACCCGAUGAUGAUUAUUUCUAUUAUACUGAUGAUGAAGGAAACAGACUGUUAAAGUAUCAGUUCUGCCAUCGCAAGCACCCUAGAGUCAUGGAGAGUAGACUUGAUUUUUCCGAUGUUAAGUUGCUUAGUCCUUCGUUUGAGAGUGCACUCCGCAUAAGUUGUGACGGCUCCUACAGGCCAGGCAUCUAUGGUGGAUGUGCAGUAGUUUUACGCACGGACACUUUGAGGCAAUAGUUACGGCGCCAUUGAGAGGAUCAAUGAGUAUGUGUUCAACCCGACACCUGCUGGUAAAUGUUAUGAAAGCGAAGAUGAGGACUUAGUGGAUAUGUUUACAUACAUUACGGACGUGAUCGAUAGGUAUCCACAUCUUUUUUCAUUCGAACAUUCACUCCGGCAAGCGAAUUCUAUGGCGGAUUACCUUGCAAGGAGGAAAGACACUCCCCGGACUGAAAAUGGAGAGGAAGAUGGAUGGGAAGACAUCCAUAGCAGCCAGGGAAAGGAAGCUAGGUAUGACCAUGUGACCGACCAUCUUAGCAAGAUGGAUAAGUCAGGACAUCCUUAUCUAAGGGUGGUGAGCUCUGUGGACGACCGAAUUCGUAAAAGGCUAAACGUGGAUUAUUCUGAAUUUGUCAAAGGUAGGAGGAAACCGAGACCUGAGGGGUUUUAAUUUGUUUCCAUCAAUGUCAGGUUGUGGUGUUUGUACGACUUAUCAUCGUUCCAUUAAAAUCUUUGUAAACGAUUUGUGGGUUUACUUUACAGUAAACUCUCUAAAUAAACGGGAGGCAUUUUUUUGUUUUCUUUUUCAGAAGCAUGAUGAUGAUAUUAGACUUUUGUUGAACUAAUAAUAUAAUAAUAUCCUUCUUAAUUUGUUUGUUUAGUUUAGAGUUACAAGACAAUUUUUUGAAACUUGGCCAAAUUUA